AUGUUUGCAAUUUGCAUGGCUGUCGUAACGGUACCUUUGCUUUACAGCUAUGCUCAUCGUUUACAUACAAAAGUUAUCGAUGAAACCGAUUUUUGCAAGUGGCGAGAUGAUGGUGUUGGUGACGCUGGUGGCAGUGGUGCUUACAGUGCGCCAGCACCGAUGCCGGUAUUCGAGCCUCCAUCUCCACCCUCGUACGAAAAACCAGUGGUUCACACUGUGCAAUGUAUGUGUGAAUAUGGCCCAAUUGGACCAGCCGGACCACCAGGCGAUGAUGGCAAAGAUGGCAAGGAUGGUAAGCCUGGAAAAGAUGGCAAGCGAGGAAAAAGUGGAAAUUUAAUGCCUCACAACGGCAUGAAAUCGGAACCAUGCGUAAUUUGCAUGCCUGGCCCACCGGGACCACCUGGGCAGCCCGGUAAUAGAGGGCCACAAGGUCCGCGUGGUGCAUCCGGUGAACCAGGCACUGACGGUGGGUGA